AUGGGUGGGGAUAUAAUUGAAGGAGGUGUUCAGCUUGUUUUUGAAUACCUCGAGGAAUGGAGGAAACAAGACAUUGCAUUACAAUAUUCGCAGAAACAAGCAAAGCUGUUAGAGAUGAAAAGAAAAGCUGAUGACAAGCGUGUGUUAGCAGAUGUCACAAACGUCAAACAAAUUCCGACUGGUCCUGCAGCAGCAACCAAGAAAAAGAGAAGGUCUUCAGCUCAGGUCAAAGCCGAUAAAGAAGCUGCCAUCCUUAAAGCUGAUUUCAAUCGGCGGUGUUUGAAAUGGAUGAAAGAGGAUAAUGUUCCAGCUGAUAAACUUGAUGAAAGAGAGGAGGCUUACCAAAACGAGCCAGUGGAAACGCUCAAGUUGAUUUUUGCGAUACUCGGCUUUAAGCUUCUCAACCCCAAGGCAAUGGAUAUCUCCCAGAGGUUUCCCAGACCUGCUCUACCCUUCAUUGUAUUAACCAAAUGUGAAAGCUGCAUCCAAUUGAUUUCAGCUAUGAAUGGUGAUGACACCAUGAUUAAGCCCGAUGAGUAA